CCAAGAUGCAGCGCGGCGCCAACCAAUGACGGCAAGCGGGGAGCAUGGUGACUGGUGUACAGGGGUAUCUGCAGCUCUUUUUGACGUUUUCACAGUGAAAUUAAACACAAAGUCAACAGUGAACACAAAAUAUCAGCGAACAGCAAAUGCAUAUGUAAUCAGUACAAGCGCUGAGCCACAACUGACAUCUGGCGGCCUCUGCUAGUGCUGCCACGUCACACCUGAGUGACGUCAGCUGUUGGCAAAAAGAACUUCAGUUUUCGGAGCUUUUUGGAUUUCAGAAUUUCAGAUAAAGGAAUGUGCAUCUGUACUUUCUGACAGAUAACAUGGAGAAGGAUCAACGAAACAUUAUAGUUUUCAAUGCAUCAAAAAAAGAACUAUUUUCUACCACUAGUGGAUACAAGUCAUUGCAGAAAAAACUUCGCACCAACUGGAAGAUACAAAGUUUUAAAGAUGAAAUCACAGAAGAGAAACUAAGAGGUGUGAAAUUAUGGAUAACAGCUGGUCCCAGAGAAAAAUUCACUGCUACUGAACUCGAUGUAUUGAAAAAGUACUUAGAAAGUGGAGGAUGUAUUCUUGUGAUGCUGGGAGAAGGUGGAGAGUCUAAAUAUAACACUAAUAUAAACUUCUUAUUAGAGGAGUAUGGAAUUAUGGUAAAUAAUGAUGCAGUUAUAAGAAAUAUGUAUUAUAAAUACUUCCAUCCCAAAGAAGCUUUAAUAUCAAAUGGAAUUUUAAACAGAGAAAUUAGUCGAGCAGCUGGUAAGUCUGUGCCUGGGAUGAUGGAUGAAGAAAACAAUGGCAACAACUUGCAAGCCCUAACGUUUGUUUAUCCAUUUGGUGCUACACUGAGUGUAAUGAAACCAGCCAUUGCAGUGCUGUCUACGGGUUCUGUAUGUUUUCCCCUCAACAGGCCUAUUCUGGCAUUCUACAAUUCCAAGCUUCAAGGUGGAAAAUUGGCUGUGCUGGGAUCUUGUCACAUGAUAAGUGACCAAUACUUUGACAAAGAAGAAAAUGGCAAAAUCAUGGAUGUUGUUUUUCAGUGGCUGACUACAAAUGAAAUCCAGUUAAACCAAAUUGAUGCUGAGGAUCCAGAGAUUUCAGAUUACACCAUGCUUCCAGAUACAGCUAAACUAUCUGACAGACUGAGGAGUUGCUUGCAGGAAGGAGAUGAAAAUCCACGAGAUUUUACCACGCUAUUUGACAUGUCACUCUUUAAACUGGACACAAUGGCACUCCCAAAAGUUAUCACGGCAUAUGAACAACUGAAUGUGAAACAUGAAUCACUCCAACUGAUACAACCUCAGUUUGAAACACCACUCCCUACACUACAGCCAGCUGUUUUUCCUCCCUCCUUUCGAGAGUUGCCAGCACCGACAUUGGACCUCUUUGAUCUUGACGAAACAUUUUCAUCUGAGAAAGUGAGGCUUGCUCAGCUGACUAACAAAUGUACUGAGGACGAUCUAGAAUUCUACGUUCGUAAGUGUGGUGAUAUUCUUGGUGUAUCAAAUAGACAAGAAAACAAAGAUGCAAAAGAAAUUUUGGAACACAUCUUUUUCCAAGUGGUGGAAUUUAAGAAACUGAAUCAGGAGCAUGACAUAGACACAAAUGAAGCUGGAAUAAUUACCUUGCAGAAUAAUUGAAACCAAGUAGUUGUACUUGGAGAUUUCAUCAGCACUUUGUCCUUUUACAAAAUGUAACUUGCAAAUUGUUAGAUUCCUUACGCAAAAUGUAUAUUUUUGUACUGAAAGAGUUGAUCACUUUGGCUGUCUACAACUUUGAGAUGUUUCAUACACUACAGAUAGAUCUAAGAUAAUGGUCAAUUCAUUCUCUAGAGCAAUUUCCUGUUUGUAAAUAUCUCCAUUUACCAAAUCUUAUUCAUCCUAGUUCAGAAUUUAACUCUUACUUUGAAUUAUUUUCAUAUUAUUUACUUUAAGCUUUGCUGUUUACCAGUUUGUACUUUUUAUUU